UUCCAUCUCCUUCGGAUGGACCCUCGCCCCCCACGGAGCCAAAGCAUUCCGUCAAUCCUCACGCUCCAGCUAGCUGACAGAAGGACCACCCGUCACCUUGGCGCUUUCCUUUGCGCAGGCGCAAUUCCUGGCCCUUCGUUGCUACAGUUACUGGACGUUGCUUUGGCUAUGGUGGGGCAAUUCAGAGCUGACAGUGAAUUUGGCCGCAGGGCCCCAGGGGGCUUCCUGACACAAUGGCCUGGCCCAGGGGUCUCCAGCUGCCCAGACCCAGAUCGGGAGCCCCACUGUGCCCCCAUCGAUGCUGGCCCGCCCAGACCCAAAAGAAGAAGGGGGAACCCCUGCCUCAGACCCCCCUGCCUGGCCCCUGGGACCCUGAGAGGCAGCCCUUGGCUUCCGCAAGGUCCACUCUCCGGAGUUACUUCCCUGUUGGGUUCUGCCACCCUGGCAGUGCCAAUGCCGUGGGCACCAGCUUGUCUACGGAAGCCCCUGGAGAGACCCUAUCAAAAUUCUGUAGAAGAAAGGCAAGAAUCAAGGAAUUCCCUGAAGCAAAAGAAUGAAAAGGAAACGCUUUCUGUCUUCAGUGUGGAUGUAGAGGAAACCCCUGAGAAUUUCUUGACAGAGAAAAAGGAAAAUCGUUUUUUCCAAACUGAAGCGAGAACAGCAUGUUCGGGCUUUUUGGAAGCAGAAGAGAGGGAGCCUGUGACCAAGAUAGAGAGAGAUUGGAGUUCCCAUCAAGAGCUUAGAGAAAAUCCCCUGCCCCUCUGCUUCCCUAGUUUUCCUAGGGAAAGGGAUGGAGUUCUCUCAAUAUACCCUAAGUUAAAUUGCUUCUCAAAGAAUGGAGCAGAGUCCAAGUCCAUGGAUGUGGAUGUGCAGGAAAAGCAUGAUAAACCGGGCUCACCAUUUGCUCAGGCUUCAUCUCCAAAUGCUACCAGAAUGGAAAGAAUUCUAAAAACCUGGCAGCAUUGGUGUAGCAUUCCCUUUGAAGGGGAUAUGGUUAUGGAGCCACUUUCCAUCUACCCAGAGAAUUCACCAUGGCCAGCAUCUGUGGCAUUUCUAGGUGAUCUGCAAACUUCUCCAGUUUAUCUCUAUGGGAACCAGAAUAUCUUCAAGAAGGAUAAGUGGCCUCACUACAUCCGUGGCUCUAAAACCCCUAGGCACCCACAUCCCAGGUGCUGUCAAGGUGCUUGAAGAUUUGGAUUCAAAGGGACCUUUUGGGUCUCAAAGCCUCGUUUCCUCUGUCUCAACAUUUAUUGCCAUGUUAGUCAUUUUUAUUGUUGGGUUUUUUGUUGUUGUUUGUUUGUUUUUUAACCCAGACAAAAUCGUUUGGGUUUUGUUGCAUCAACCUUUCAGAAUUUCAACAUUGUUGUCAAGUUCUCAGUUUGUUACAUCUUCCAUUUUUCUGUUUCCAGCUAAUUUUUUUGCCUUUUCUGUACCUACUGGGUACUAUCACACAGUCAUUCAGCUGUCAAACACAAACUGCAUUCCAUUGCAGACCAAUUUGCCAAAUUGAGAUUGGGGACCUAAGAUUGCAUAACUGCUUGACUUUCAGAAGUCUCUGAGAUGCCAAGAAUGUGUGUCAGAACCUGAGAAAUGAACUUCACUUCAAGGCACUCCUAAAAAUUCCUGCUAUCAUCGCCUGAAGACUAGAAAAAAAGCAUUUGUCAAGACUUGUCUCUGCUCAUGUCCCAGAGAAGUUCCUUCAGCUUCUUGUUCAGCUCAGCCUAGAAGAAAAGAAUUGGCUCCAGUGACAUCACUCAACUCCCAGGACUGGCUACAUAGAAGUAAACAGGAUGUCUCCCUAUCCUAGUCCCUGACCUCCCCCAGCUUGCUGGAAGGACUUAUUUGACCUUUUGCACCAUAGGGGCGAAUAUAAAUUUCCUUUCCACUUUUCUGCUCUGUUUUCCUCUCAGAAAAAAAGCAUCACUGUAUUUAUCUCAUGUCAAAGUGAUCCAACUUAAAUGAGAUAAUGUAUGUAAUGUGCUUUGCAAACCUUAAAGAUAUAUAAAUGUCAGCUGUUCCUGCUGACUAUUGUUCAUGCGAUUACUCCUGCGCUUUCACAAAUUGAAGCAGCUUGAGGGGCUUCAUUUCUCCCACCAACUCUCCUACACAGGAGGGGGAAUAGAAAGUGUUAACCUCAGUGGGUUCUCUUGGCUCCAGAAGCAUUUCUUUUCUUCUAAGUCUUAGCCUUGCUCUGUUUCUUGUUUAAGAUUGGAAUUUUACGAUUUUCUUUGAGA